GAGCGGGGUGUGAAGAUGGCGGACGAAGAGGCCGACCAAGAGAGGCUGAGUCGCGGCGGAGGCGGCUGUGCCGCGGAGCUGCAGCGCCUGGGUGAGCGGCUCCAGGAGCUGGAGCGACAGCUGCGGGAGAGCCGGGUGCCGGCCGUGGAGGCGGCCACGGAGUACUGUCAGCAGCUGUGCCAGACACUCCUUGAAUAUGCAGAGAAAUGGAAAACUUCAGAAGAUCCUUUACCUUUAUUGGAGGUAUACACAGUGGCUAUCCAAAGUUAUGUUAAAGCCCGACCUUAUCUUACCUCUGAAUGUGAAAAUGUAGCAUUGGUUCUGGAACGCUUGGCAUUAAGCUGUGUUGAACUUUUACUGUGUUUGCCUGUUGAGUUAUCUGAUAAACAGUGGGAACAAUUUCAGACACUGGUGCAGGUAGCUCAUGAAAAGCUGAUGGAGAAUGGCAGCUGUGAAUUGCAUUUUUUAGCUACUCUAGCUCAAGAGACUGGGGUGUGGAAAAACCCGGUACUGUGCACUAUUCUUUCCCAGGAACCAUUGGAUAAGGAUAAAGUGAAUGAAUUUUUAGCUUUUGAGGGUCCCAUCUUGUUGGAUAUGAGAAUUAAACAUCUAAUCAAAACAGAUCAGUUAAGUCAAGCAACUGCUCUAGCAAAGCUGUGUUCUGACCAUCCAGAGAUUGGUACAAAAGGUAGUUUUAAGCAAACUUACCUUGUCUGUCUUUGUACAUCAUCACCAAAUGAAAAGUUAAUCGAAGAGAUUUCACAAGUUGAUUGCAAAGAUGCCCUAGAAAUGAUAUGUAACUUAGAAUCUGAGGGUGAUGAAAAAAAUGCUCUUGUCUUAUGUACUGCAUUUUUAUCACGUCAGCUUCAACAAGGAGAUAUGUACUGUGCUUGGGAACUCACUCUCUUUUGGAGUAAAUUACAGCAAAGAGUAGAACCAUCUAUUCAAGUGUACCUAGAAAGAUGUCGUCAACUUUCUUUGUUAACCAAGACGGUAUAUCACAUUUUCUUCCUGAUUAAAGUUAUUAAUUCAGAGACUGAAGGGGCUGGACUUGCCACUUGUAUAGAACUAUGUGUAAAAGCUCUUCGCCUGGAAUCUACAGAAAAUACUGAAGUGAAAAUAUCUAUUUGCAAAACCAUUUCGUGCUUGUUGCCUGAUGAUCUGGAAGUUAAACGUGCUUGUCAACUGAGUGAAUUUCUCAUUGAGCCUACAGUAGAUGCGUAUUAUGCUGUGGAAAUGUUGUAUAACCAACCAGACCAGAAAUAUGAUGAAGAGAAUCUUCCAAUACCAAAUUCUCUACGCUGUGAGCUCUUACUUGUAUUGAAAACUCAGUGGCCCUUUGAUCCAGAAUUCUGGGAUUGGAAAACCUUAAAACGACAGUGUCUUGCAUUAAUGGGAGAAGAAGCAUCCAUUGUGUCUUCAAUAGAUGAACUAAAUGACAGUGAGGUUUAUGAGAAAGUAGCAGACUAUCAGGAAGAGAGUAAAGAAACUUCCAUGAAUGGUGGAAUUGGUGCUAACUCUGGCCUUCUUAGAGACAUUUGUGAUGAAAAGCAGAAAAAGAGAGAGAUAAAACAAUUAAGAGAGAGGGGAUUUAUAUCUGCUAGGUUCAGGAACUGGCAAGCCUACAUGCAGUAUUGUGUGCUGUGUGACAAAGAAUUCCUUGGUCAUCGAAUAGUACGACAUGCUCAAAAACAUUACAAAGAUGGGAUUUACAGUUGCCCCAUAUGUGCAAAGAACUUUAAUUCUAAAGAAACGUUUGUCCCUCAUGUCACAUUGCAUGUUAAACAAUCUAGUAAAGAGAGACUAGCAGCUAUGAAACCAUUAAGGAGGUUGGGAAGGCCUCCUAAGAUCACAGCUACCAACGAGAAUCAGAAGACUAAUGCCGUGGCCAAGCAGGAACAGCGGCCUAUCAAGAAGAAUAGUCUCUAUUCAACAGACUUCAUAGUGUUUAAUGAUAAUGAUGGUUCAGAUGAUGAAACUGAUGACAAAGACAAAUCUUAUGAGCCAGAGGUGAUCCCAGUCCAGAAACCAGUACCUGUUAAUGAAUUCAAUUGCCCUGUAACUUUUUGUAAAAAGGGCUUUAAGUACUUUAAAAAUUUAAUUGCUCAUGUAAAGGGACAUAAGGAUAAUGAAGAUGCCAAGCGCUUUCUUGAAAUGCAAAGCAAAAAAGUUAUUUGCCAGUACUGUAGACGGCAUUUUGUAAGUGUUACUCAUCUCAAUGAUCACUUACAAAUGCACUGUGGCAGUAAACCAUAUAUCUGUAUACAAAUGAAAUGUAAGGCCGGUUUUAAUAGUUACGCAGAGCUCUUAACCCACCGAAAGGAACAUCAAGUCUUUAGAGCAAAGUGCAUGUUUCCUAAAUGUGGGAGAAUUUUUUCAGAAGCUUAUUUACUAUAUGAUCAUGAAGCACAACAUUAUAAUACUUAUACUUGUAAGUUCACAGGUUGUGGUAAAGUUUAUCGUUCUCAGAGUGAACUAGAAAAGCAUCUGGAUGAUCAUAGUACUCCUGAAAAAGUGCUGCCUCCUGAAGACCAACUUAAUUCAUCUGGAGAUUCUGUUCAGCCUUCCAGAGUGAAUCAGAACGCAGAAGGGAACACUGAGAAAGAAGGAUCUGUGCUUCCUUCGGAAAAUAACAUUGAAAACACCUUCCCAGCAGACAGAAGUGAUGCUUGGGAUAAAAGCAAGGCAGAAUCACCUGUGACCAAACAAGACGAGAUUUCUGCUUCAGAGCUCAGGCAGGCUGAUGGACCACUGCCAGAUUGUUUGGGAAACCCUGCUCCUGCCCCUCUGCUUCAGGCCAGUGAGGCAGCUGUGUCCAUUAAGGUGUCCCUCAAUCAGGGGAUCGAGGCUAACUUUGGAAAGCAAGAAAACUCAGCUGUGCAAGGCACUGGUGAAUCACUGGUCACAAACUUACACACACCAGUUGAAGAUCCUUGUAAUGAUUUGUGUCAUACAGGUUUCCAAGAGAGAAAAGAACAGGAUUGUUUUAAUGAAGCCCAGAUUACUCAGAAUUCUUUAGUAGAUUCGGAAGCCCUCAAAAUAGAUGACCUUACUCCACAAAACUUAGAAAGACAAGUGAACAACCUGAUGACCUUUGCUGUGCAAAAUCAGGCAGGAUUUCAAAACAGUUUACCAACUGCCAAGUUUGAAUGUGGAGGUAAUGUUAAAACAUCGUCCAAUCUUUAUAAUUUACCUUUGAAGACAUUAGAAAGUAUCACAUUUGUUCCACCACAGCCCAACCUCAGUAAUUCUUUAGGAACUCCAUCAGUGCCUCCAAAAGCACCAGUUCAGAAAUUCAGUUGCCAGGUUGAGGGAUGUACUCGAACCUAUAACUCUUCACAGAGUAUUGGGAAACACAUGAAGACAGCACAUCCCGACCAGUAUGCAGCAUUCAAAAUGCAACGCAAAAGCAAAAGGGGUCAGAAAGCUAACAACUUGAAUACACCAAAUAAUGGAAAGUUUGUUUAUUUUUUGCCAUCACAGGUGAGCAGCUCUAAUAAUGCAUUUUUUACACCACAGACCAAAGCCAAUGGGAAUCCUACUUGUUCUAAUCAGUUGCAGCAUGUCUCACCUUCCAUUUUCCCAGCUCAUUUAGCAAAUAUGUCAGCUCCACUGUUGCCCUCAGUGGAAAGUGUCAUAAAUCCAAAUAUACCUUCUCAGGAUAAAAAUGAACAAGGUGGUGGUAUGUUAUGUUCCCAAAUGGAAAAUUUAUCUAGUACUACCUUGCCAGCACAAAUGGAAGAUCUAACCAAAACAGUUUUGCCUUUGAAUAUCGACAGCGGCUCAGAUCCUUUCCUUCCGUUACCUGCAGAAAGUAGUUCAAUGUCUCUCUUCCCUUCACCAGCAGAUAGUGGGACUAAUUCUGUUUUUUCCCAGCUGGAAAAUAAUACAAAUCAUUUUUCCUCACAGAUCGAAGGGAACACUAAUUCCUCUUUUCUAAAGGGAGGUAAUGGUGAGAAUGAAGUUUUUCCUUCACAAGUCAAUGUUGCAAAUGACUUUGGUGGCACCAGUGCCCAACAGUCUGCACUGGAAAAAGUGAAAAGAGACCGUGGGCAGGGCCCAAAUGGGAAGGAAAGAAAACCCAAGCACAACAAAAGGGCUAAGUGGCCGGCAAUUAUCAGAGAUGGGAAAUUUAUCUGCAGCAGGUGUUACAGGGCUUUCACUAACCCCAGAUCUCUGGGAGGACACUUGUCUAAGCGAUCUUACUGUAAACCACUGGAUGGGGCAGAAAUUGCUCAAGAACUUCUGCAGAGUAACGGGCAGCCUUCUCUUCUUGCCAGCAUGAUUCUCUCCACAAAUGCAGGAAACUCGCAGCAGCCGCAGCAGUCUGCCUUCAGUCCAGGAGCAUGUUUUAAAGAUCCAUCAUUCCUGCAACUUCUUGCUGCUGAAAAUCGCUCCUCAGCAUUUUUACCAAAUACAUUUCCUCGGAGUGGUGUGACUAACUUUAAUACAAGUGUUAGUCAAGAGGGAAGCGAAAUUAUUAAACAGGCUUUGGAAACUGCCGGCAUUCCCAGUACAUUUGAGGGUGCCGACGUGCUGUCUCAUGUCCCCCCAGGUUGUGUCUCAGACCCAGCACCAGUAAAUGCAACAGUGAUGCCAAAUCCACCUGUGCCACCCCUGCUGCAGACUGUAUGCCACGCAAAUCCCCUGCUGACAGACCAGAAUAGGACACCACACUCCAAAACUCCUUCCACUGAGGAAUGCAACAGUUUGCCUGUUUUUCCAGCAAAUGACUUACUACUGAAGACUGUUGAAAAUGGUCUGUGCUCUAGUUCAUUCCCUAAUUCUAGUGGGCCAUCACAAAAUUUUAUCAGUAACAGUUCACGAGUUUCCGUUAUAAGUGGUCCUCAGAACACAAGGUCUAGUCAUUUAAAUAAAAAGGGAAACAGUGCUUCUAAGAGAAGAAAGAAAGUUGCUCCUCCACUAAUUGCCCCUAAUGCUCCCCAAAACUUGGUAACAAGUGACUUAACGGCAAUGGGACUUAUAGCAAAAAGGAUUGAGAUACCAACUACUAACCUUCAUUCAACUGUAAUUCCCAAUUGUGAACCUCAGGGUUUGGUGGAAAAUCUAACACAGAAGUUAAAUAAUGUUGACAAUCAGUUGUUUAUAACUGAUGUGAAAGAAAACUUUAAAACCAGUCUUGAGUCCCAUACAGUGUUAGCUCCCUUAACAUUAAAAACUGAAAAUGGUGAUUCCCAAAUGAUGGCUUUGAAUUCAUGCACACCUUCAAUAAAUUCUGAUUUGCAGAUUUCUGAAGACAAUGUUAUACAAAACUUUGAAAAGACUCUUGAAAUUAUUAAAAGUGCUAUGAAUUCUCAAAUACUUGAGGUAAAAAGUGGAUCUCAGGGUAUUGGUGAAACAUCACAGAAUGCUCAAAUAAAUUAUAACAUUCAGCUUCCUUCAGUAAACACUGUACAAAAUAACAAAUUGUCCGAUUCUUCUCAGUUUUCCUCCUUCAUAGGUGUCAUGCCAACAAAAAGUAACAUUCCUCAGUCUGAAAUAUUACAUAAGGAGGAUCAAGUACAGGAGAUUUUAGAAGGCUUACAGAAAUUAAAAUUAGAAAGCGACCUGUCCUCUCCAGCACCCCAGUGUGUACUGAUAAAUACAUCCGUGACACUGACUCCCACUCCUGUUAAAUCAAUUCCAAAUGUCACACUUGUUCAGCCAGUUUCUGAAAUGAUAAGCAACAUUCAGUUUAAUGACAGAGUUAAUAAACCCUUUGUGUGUCAAAACCAAGGCUGUAAUUACAGUGCUAUGACAAAAGAUGCACUGUUUAAGCACUAUGGUAAAAUUCAUCAGUACACUCCAGAGAUGAUUCUUGAAAUUAAGAAGAAUCAGUUGAAAUUUGCUCCAUUUAAAUGUGUAGUACCUACAUGUACAAAGACAUUUACAAGAAAUUCAAAUCUCCGGGCACACUGUCAGUUGGUGCAUCAUUUUACAACAGAAGAAAUGGUAAAAUUAAAAAUAAAAAGGCCUUAUGGAAGAAAAUCUCAGAGUGAAAAUUCGUCAGCCCCACGAAUUACACAAGUAAAAAGACAGCUAGCUAUGACAGAGGAAAAUAAAAGGGAAUUCCAGCCUGCUUUAGAAUUGGGAGCAAUGAAAGAAAAUACCCUCACUAAUAUAGCAGUGAUCCCAGAAAAACAACUUCUAGAAAAAAAAAGUCCUGAAAAAACAGAAAGUUCUUCACAAGUGAUUACAGUUACUUCAGAACAAUGUAAUACAAAUGCUCUCACAAAUGUACAAACCAAAGGACGGAAAGUUAGGAGACAUAAAAAAGAAAAGGAGGAGAGAAAACGCAAGAAGCCAGUUUCUCAAUCUCUUGAGUUUCCCACAAGAUACAGUCCCUACAGACCUUAUCGAUGUGUUCAUCAGGGUUGCUUUGCUGCCUUUACAAUACAGCAAAACUUAAUUCUGCAUUACCAAGCUGUACACAAAUCAGAUCUACCUGCAUUUUCUGCAGAGGUUGAAGAGGAGAGCGAAGCUGGUAAAGACAGUGAAGAAAUUGAAACGAAACAAACUGUGAAAGAAUUUCGAUGUCAAGUGAGUGACUGCUCUCGAAUUUUCCAAGCAAUUACUGGCCUAAUACAACACUACAUGAAACUUCACGAGAUGUCUCCUGAGGAAAUUGAAAGUAUGACUGCUUCGGUGGAUGUUGGGAAAUUUCCAUGUGAUCAGUCAGAGUGUAAAUCUUCAUUUACCACGUAUUUGAACUAUGUUGUUCAUCUUGAGGCAGAUCAUGGAAUUGGGGCAAGGGGAAGUAAAACUGAAGAAGAUGGCAUAUACAAGUGUGACUGUGAAGGCUGUGACCGAAUAUAUGCGACCCGGUCUAAUCUCCUCCGACACAUUUUUAAUAAGCAUAAUGACAAACAUAAAGCUCAUCUGAUUCGGCCAAGAAGAUUAACACCUGGUCAGGAAAAUAUAUCAAGCAAGGCAAACCAAGAAAAGACAAAGUCUAAACAUCGGGGGACAAAAUACAGAUCUGGAAGGGAAGGAACCAAAAUGCCGAAGACCAAACGAAAGAAAAAAAAUAAUUUGGAAAACAAGACUGCAAAGAUUGUGCAGAUUGAAGAAAAUAAGCCUUAUUCUCUGAAACGUGGAAAGCAUGUAUAUUCUAUAAAGGCUAGAAAUGAUGCCUUAUCUGAGUGUACUAGCAGAUUUGUCACCCAGUAUCCAUGUAUGAUAAAGGGGUGUACAUCAGUCGUUACAAGCGAAAGCAAUAUAAUUAGACAUUAUAAAUGCCAUAAAUUAUCUAAGGCAUUUACAUCACAACACCGCAAUCUUCUCAUUGUCUUCAAACGGUGUUGCAACUCACAAUUAAAGGAAACUUCUGAGCAAGAAGUUGAAAAGAGUGAUGUGAAAGAUUCUGACACAGGUAUAUCAGAGAGCAAUGAUAACUCAAGAACAACUGUAGUUCCACAGAAGGAAGUUGAAAAAAAUGAAAAAGAUGAAGUGGAUGAGCUAACAGAAUUAUUUAUUACCAAAUUGAUAAAUGAAGACAACACAAGUGUGGAGACCCAAGCUCAGACCUCUUCAAAUGUUAGUAAAGAUUUUCAGGAAGAUAACCCCUGCCAGUCAGAAAAACAGAAAGCAAGUAAUUUGAAGAGAGUUAAUAAAGAAAAAAAUGUCUCCCAAAGUAAAAAGAGGAAAGUUGAAAAAGCCGAACCAGCAGUGGCAGUUGAGCUAAGUAGUGUGCACAAGGAAGAAGAGACCGCCGUCGCAAUACAGACCACUGAGGAGCAUCCUGCAUCUUUUGACUGGAGCUCGUUUAAACCAAUGGGAUUCGAAGUAUCAUUUCUGAAGUUCCUUGAGGAGUCUGCAGUGAAGCAGAAGAAAAAUACUGAGAAAGACCAUCCAAAUAGUGGGAAUAAAAAAGGGUCCCAUUCGAAUGCAAGAAAAAAUGUUGACAAGACUGCUGUGACUAAUGGAAAUCAUAUAUGUUCUUGUAAAGAAAGUGAAACCUUUGUACAGUUUGCCAAUCCAUCACAGCUUCAGUGCAGUGAUAAUGUAAAAAUUGUUUUAGACAAGACUCUUAAAAAUUGCACUGAGCUUGUCUUAAAGCAACUUCAGGAAAUGAAACCUACCGUCAGUCUGAAAAAACUUGAAGUGCAUUCAGAUGAUCCAGAUGUGUCUGUUAUGAAAGAAAUUAGUAUGGGCAAAGCCACGGGGAGAGGGCAGAACUGAUAACUCAUGUGCUAUCUAUACAUUAUUUACAGUUUUAUUUUAAAUAGGAAGCCAUCAAGCAUGCUAGAAGUGUGUAACUUUUUUUUCUUUUGUUGUUGCUGACAUGAAUUAACCUGGCCAAAAAAGAAAAAAAGAAAA